CUCAGUAAAUCAAUUUUUGAUUCCCUUGACGAAGAUUCUGAUUUCGAAGUAAAGGAUUAUAUAGAAAAAAUGUCAAACCAGGAAUAUGCUGAGUCAUCGAAAUCACACGUGGAAGUAAAGCAUGAUCCACAAAAGAACCAUGGCCUAGCUGCUGGAGCCCUGGGGGAUGUUCCUCGAAAACCUAAGCGAAGGGGCCGCCCCCCACUUUCCCCCAAGACAAAACUAAGGAGGAUGAUGGAAAAAAAUAGGAUUGGAAUGAACAAAAUGGGAAAACCUAGGGGACGCCCACCAAUAACCGACUCCAUUAAGGCUUUGCGGUUCCAUAACUCUAGCGGAGAGCGACGCCGGGUAAUGUUAUGGCACAUAUUCCUUUAA